AAGGACGUCACGCUGCUCGUAAGGUCGGGCGGUGGUGUUGCACAGUUUCGCUUCCACUGUGCAUCAGCUGUGGUGCACUUUGAACUUAGCCAUCGAAAUGCAUUUGUGAUUCUGCAUUCUAUUGUUUGAUUGAUGAUUCAGGUGCUAAGGGAACACAUUAUUGUUUGCCCCCUAUUUACCCGAUGCGAACUGCUGCACCAUCAAAAUAAAAGAUAUGGUUAUUUCAAGUAAUUACACUGGACUUCCUGACUGCCAGAGAAAUUCGUUGGUUGUGUUCGGUUGCACCGCCGCAGUCUACGUUUUCGGCAUCACUUUGCUCUUGCUUAUCCGUUUUGUCAAGUGCAGAUGGGUUCUGAAGAAUUCAGAUGAAGACAGUUUGCAUAAACUCAUCAGGUCCAGGCAACUGCGAUGGUUUCCUAAGCAGGCCGAAGCUUUGCUGACGGGGAAAACAAUUGCCGGAAAACUUUUGAUAUUUGUGCGUUCUGUUCUGUAUUGUCUUUGCUCUGCCAUUUACUUAUUUAACACGUACAGUAGUCAACAGUUGUGUAUCCCGGUUGAUCACCGACCACAAUUCAUCCUCGAGCUGAGCUCAAAUUUCGUCUUCCUGUUGAUUUUUAUAUUAAAGGUUAUCGCAUCGAAAAACCUGCUGAACACAUGGUUAUCAAUGGACUGUAUCAUCGAUCACUGUACCAUCAUCCCGUGCAUACUAGCUUUCGUGUUCGGAUUCUAUCAAUACGGUUUUGGAUUUCUCUAUUUCACCCGAGUGGUAAAAGCCAUGGAAUUUCUUCUACUACUGAAGAUCGUCGACAGGGAAAGAAGUAUGAGAAAACUAAAAAUAAUCUCCAAUCUCUUGGCUGCUUGGCUUACUUUGGCUGGGGUCUUUUUACUGCUUGAACGCAUCGGCAACUUCUGGCAAUGGAGAGGUUCUCAACAGAAUCUGGACUACUUCGACUGUGUCUAUUUUCUCCUUGUAACUGUGGCCACCGUUGGGUACGGAGAUAUUGUCUGCACCAGCUACCUCGGUCGUCUCGUUACAAUUAUUGUGAUCAUCGGUGCCCUGAUUUCGAUCACUACGCAUGUAUCAGAACUGUAUGAACUAUUCUUUACUACCAAGCGGUACUGUGGAACAUUCAACAAUGAAUACCAUCCACGCCAUGUACUCGUGUGUGGAGCCAUUAACCACAAAUCCGUCUCACGUUUUCUGGAUGCUUUUGUGCGAGCCGACCUUAGUCGUUUCGACGAGAAUAUCAUGACAGUCUUCUUGUCCACGUAAGUUAUGUGUUCAGUCCCACAUAAACAUGAACCCCGAUUUCAGCCAAGAGCCGGAUCUGCGUCUCA